GUCUGGCUCUGCUAGGUUUUUUUUUCAUGUUUUCUUUCUUUCCCCUGAACUCUUUUGAAGUAGAAUUGAUAGUUCGUCAUCCUGGUAACCAGAAGAUGCAGAGGGUAUGAGCAGGCUCCCAGGGGCCUGCUGAAAAGCAAACACAAGCAGAGUAUGCUGAGAGGUUUUCCCCCUUGCUAGAAUUGAAAUGAUCCCUCCCCAGGGCAAAACUUCUCCCUGGGAGCUACAGGGCAGGAGCAGGCAGGAGCCCUGCCAGAAAGGAGCAGCUGUUCAGGGGGCAGAAGCUGCUGCAUGUUGUGCUCUGGGGAUCCCAGCCCCACACACAACUGUUCAGGCUUUUCCUGAGGGUUUGUUUUGCAUCCCCCAUCCUGUGAUAGCAAGAGGGAAGGCUGCUACAGAGGUGCAGGGACCAGGCAGGAUGGCUGCUUGUUGCCCACCAGGAUGGAGACACCCAUGGAGGCAGGGAAAGAGGAACUGGGUCAGGGAGCUCCAGUGCUGCUCCGAGGAGCUCUGGAUAUACAGAAACAGGCGGGACAUGGAGCAGAGAAGCCGUGCUGGUACCUGGAUUCCAGGGUAUCACUGUGGCCAAGAUUAGGGGCAGUGGGAAAGGCUGGCAGUCAUGCAGGGCUGGAGGUAAACGGAUCAAGCAGCAAUUGGCAGGCUCAGCAAGGAGAGGCUUAGCUCAGCCCAGCACAGAUUGGCUCUCGUUGCUCUGGAGCUGGGACAGAGCUGUGGGUGGAGCACCCUCAGCACAUCACCUUGUGUCACCCCACGGGGUUUCAGCAGCUCCACUGCUGCUCCUCUGCACAUCCCUGCACCCACCUGUGCAUGGGUGAGACGACUGCCUUCCCCACAGCACUGCUGGUGAGUGCCUGGGGUAGCUUUGGUGGCUCCAGGGAUUCUCAAACCUGCUUGAUUUUGGGGGGGUUUUGCAGCCCCCUGCACCAAAGCCAGGCUGGCUGCUGGAAGCCUGGGCACUCAGGACAGCUGGGUGCCAGUAAUCCCAUUUGCAGGCAGCACAGGGCUAAUCCUCACAGAGCGCUGAGCGGAUUGAGCUGGGUUUGGGGGCUCAGUGGCGAGCUGCAGUGGCUGAGGGAGCCCACACAUCGCAGGGGUGGCUUCCCAGGGAGGCAGUGGUGAGCCUGGCAGGGGUAAGUGGCAGUGAUGGAGGUGAGGGAGAAGGCUGGGAUUUUUGCAGGACCACCUCUGCACAUCACAGGGGGGUUUGGUGAUCCGAAACAGAGUCAGAGGAUGAGCUGUGCCGGUCCAUGGGGAGUGAUGCUGCAAGGACUGGGUAAUGUGGAGGUUUGAUCAGUUGCUGGGGGAGAAGGAAAGGCUGUGAUGCUUCCUGCUCCAAAUGAGACCAUGGAUCUGUGCCCUUCUUGCUCUUAGAAAUGAGACUAAAGCCCUUUGCUGGCUGGCAAAAGAAAUUGACGCAACAGGUGGUGGCACCGCUGGGUGCCUGCAAUGCAGCAGGAUGCAUAAGACUGCCAACUCUUUAGUGUCAUUGAAGGCAAAUCCUGGCCACUUAUUCCUAUUUCUUUCAGCAGCUAGUUUUGUGGAGACCCACAAAUGUUUCUGCCCACUUCUUUUUCAGAUUUGGCAGAGGAGCAGCCUCUGCCCUCCAAUUUCUUUCUCAGACCAAGGACAGGUGUAUGGUCCAGGCUUUUACAGCUGCACAAGCUCAUGUCAAGAAGAGGAGGAACCCUUGGCUGACAAGGGGGACUUGCUGCAGUCUCAGGGGGCUUUCUCCAGGAUUGUUUGGCCUCAGUUGUGUACAUGGACCCUGGGCUUCUUUGGGACCUGUGAGAGUGCCAAAGCAUGGGUGGAAAUGCCUCUGCUGCACAGCACUGGCAGCUUUUCCUUGCUGUUCCCAGGGCAUUCACAGCUCCUUAAUCCCUUAUACCCAGUGAGAGAUACAAGGUAAUUUAAUUGGUUUCUGGUUGUCAGGCCUGUCGGGAGGUGUUUUACAGCCCCUCUGUCCAGCUGUGGGAUGUGGGGGUCUCUGGGAGAGCUGACCCUGCCCAUGGUGUGCUGGGGGCUGGAAAUGCUGUGUGGAGCGAUGCUGUGGCUGCAUCCAAACCUGGCUCCUGGCCUUGCUGAGGUGCAGGCAAGCGAAGGGCUGAGGACACACAUCACCCUUCCUGCAAAUCCCAGGCCAGAUUUAAGGAGCCAGGCUUUGGAGAGCCCCCAGUGAGCCAUCACAAGGGAACUGAAGAUGUCUUGCAUGCCUGAAAGCUGCAUAUGAGGGGUUAAUUCAAAGAGCCCAGUGCUGAGCAGCUUCCAGCCUCUACCUGCUGCAUGUGGGACUGGGAUCAUGUGUGUAACUGGGAUUGAAACUCCAGUGCAGUCUCCUGGCUGAGCUGGAAGGAGCUCAGGGAUCUGCUUUCUUUUGCCCUUCACAGCUAUCACCUGGGGGCUGUCUGAGCACCUGAGGUGCUCCUGAGCCCUUCAUUGAGCAGAUUGGGGAAUCUUUAGAGGGGCAUUUUGGGCAGAGUGCAGCCCUUCAGAGGGGCAACAGCAAGUGACACCCCAGUUUGAGCUGGAUGAGAGCCUUGUUCAGUUCAGCUCUUGUUCUCUUGUUCAGUACCUAAGAAUGGGAAUGUGCAGCAUCACUUGGCUCGCUGGUGCUGUAUCCCAGCCUGGACCUGCUUCACAGAGGGAAGGAAGGGACCCAAAAAGACCAAGCAGCCAGAGCUUGGACAGCUGAAUCCCUGCUCUACAACAUCUUACUUUUACCUAACCUAUCAACAUAGCAGCGAGUGCUGGAUGCCUUUGCUGCCCUUGCCAGAGCCCCCAGCAGCCACCAUGUCCCUGGGAUGUGGCUGAAAGGUGGUGGAGCAGAGUUGUUUUAGGAGCAGAAAGAGGGGGUAUGUUUUUAAUGAACUUCCUCAUUAAAAAAUUCUGUUCAAAUUACUGUUCAGCUUCCCUCCAAUGAAAAAUGGUGGGGAGAGUAGAGGACCCUGAGCAGAGCAUCACAAUUUCUGUGAUCUAUCUGCAAUGGCCUCCUAGUCAGGACAGGUUGUGAAAAUAAAACAUCUAACUGAGAAGCUACCUUUAGGAAAAGCAAGUUUAACUGAGAUGGUGAGAAUAAAAUAGAGUGAGUAGUUUGCUCACAGUAGCAGUGAGGGAUGAGGAGCUGAGCUGGGUUUGCUCUGGCUGUGCUGCAGUGCCGUGUUUCCCAAGCAGGACGUGGAAACAGAAGGACACCAAGGACCUUUUUGGGCUGCUCAGGAGACAGAGUGAACAGCUGGUGCAGCUGCUAUUCCCUGGGCAGCGUGCAUCCCUGCUGCUGGGCUCUUGCCAGCUGGAGACCCCUCAGCACUGCCCGCAGCCAGCGGGAUGAUGGGCUGGAUUGACCGGGUGGUGCCCCAGCCCCCGGUGCCCCACGUGGCAGAGGAGACCCCUGUGCGGGAGCUGGAGCCAGCUAAGGCACCAACAGGAAAGGCCAGUGGUCCCACAGAUGUUGCUGACCGGGCACGCACUGAGGGUAAGCCCCACACUGGCUCAGGCUGCACAUCAUUGUUCCUGUACCCACCUUUCUCACUCCUGCCUGGCCUCCUGGGGGCUGCCAGAGUGGUGAUAAGAGCUUGUUUUAUUUUCCCCUCUGCCAUUGAAGAAACGGAAAAGAAAGUGACCUUUGUGGUCUCUGAGGACUCGAGUUCUGUGUUUGACAGUGUGGGGAGUAGUGUGCUCUCCUGGCUCUCCUAUGGGCUGGAGAAGGUGAUUCCCCAGCCAGCCCCAGCCCCAGGGCUGCAGGCACUCGGGAAGAGCUUCGAGACAAGCAUCGACAUUGCUGAUGAGACAGAGGUCCAGGUCCUUGGGGAUGAGGACGACGAUGGUCUGGAGAUAACUCCCUUCGAUCCCGAGGAGGACGUCUCCGAGGGCGAAGCGGAGCCCGUCCCGCAGGAGUGGGCAGGAAACCGGGUGCUCAGCUGGCUGUCACAGGGCUUCGAGAGGAUUUUGCCGCAGCCAGAGGGGACGAAAAAGCUGGAGGUGAGCACUGCCCAGCUCGGGAAGAAUUGGGGGCUACCGGGUAGAGAUGAGAAUGAGGCGAGCUCCCUGCCUUCAUCUUCCUGUACAUCCCAGCUGGGACCUUGGGGAAGAAAGCCCCAAGGGAAUUCAGCAGAGCAAAAAAAGACCUCUGGGUGCCCCCCCCGGUGGCUCAGGCAGUGCUUUGCCACGUCCAUCCGUCCGUCUGUCCCUCCCCAGACAGAGCCGAAGGAGAAGAGCGAAGGAGCGGUGGAAGACGCUAAAGGGACUAAAACCCAGGAGAAAUCCAAAUGCAGCGCUCCAGCCGAGGAGAAGGCAGCAGCAGCCAAGGGGCAGCCGCAGCCCGUGGCCACCCCCAGCCCUCGGCCCGCGGCUGUGGACGGCGGCAGGAUGUUCAGCUGGUUUGUCCAGGGGCUGGAGAAGGUGAUGCCGCAGCCGGUGACCAGGGAGAAGCAGGACACGCAGGGAGUGGCCACAGCAACCUCGAGUCCUGUGGAACAAAUUCAUGUAGCCCCUGGGGAACAGGAGGAAACUCAUCUCGUCCUGAAAGAGAUUGAUGACGGCCAGAUUAACGAAGAGGUGGCGGCCUGGGCUCACAGGGCUGAGCUGGAGGCAGAUGCUCAUUCCCUCCCCACCAUACAGGAAGAACCUCAGGAAGAGGAGAACAGACUCUGCUUGGGCUCCCCAAACGUGACCAAGGGGGAAGAGGAAAAGGAGGAGGAGGAGAAGAAAGAGGAGGAGGAACUGGAGGGGCUGACAGAGCCCCGGCAGAGCCGAGCUGCCUGCCUGCCGAGGGAUGGGGUGCGGGAGGGAUCCGGCUCAGCCCGGGGCUCGCUGCUGACGCGGCCCCUGGGGACAGAAUUCGGUUUGGGUGUUGCAGAGCUGAAUGGAAAGACAGGGUUAUGUGUUGUGUCUGCAGACGCUGCUUCAUACAAACCCUUGCUGCAGCCACCUUGUCUCCCUGCUGAUAAGGCUGUGGAUGAAGCCUGUCUUGCCGAGGAGGCCCUCAGGGUUGAGCAGCUGGAAGAAGUUGAGAUAAGUAAUCUCCAAGGUGCUCUUGUGCAGGUAGAAGAGGAGACAGCUGAAGCUGCUGAAACCGAUGCUGAAGGUACAACCUGUAGCAGUAUGAUGCCAAACAGGGAUGAGGUGAAGCAAUGCCUGCAGGCUCCUAGCAGCAUGGCCAGGCGGGCCCGGGACGUCGAGCUAGACCGGCUGGUGCAUGCCCAGGCUGUGGCUGGCAGGGACCGCUCCCCUCCCGGCCCUGGGGCUCUAGAGCAGCUCCCCAAUGUCCCCAGCUACCGAGCCAGCGCCGCCACCCGCACCCCCGGCCCUGCCGCCAGCAAGCCAAAGGCUGGAGUUGUCAACCCCAAUUUUUGCACUGAGGAGCAAUCCCCACUAGGAAAUUACCCCACCGUGGAGAUGAAGGAUGUGGACAGCCCAGGCCAUGCUGUGGAGAUCCAUGGUACCCAUGGACCGGUGCCUGCUGCCAGCGCUCCCAACCUGCUGGCGGUGCCCGGCGCAGCAUCCCCCAGGAGGAAGCAACUGCUCCCAGAGGAUGGUCUGGACGAGGGGCUGGUGAGCCAAUCCCCCAGGCCUGUGCUGGGCUGGGAUGAGGAGCAGAGGGAAAGCCUGCCCCAGCGCAUCGGCUCGGCCACCAGCCUGAGCAGCGCCGUCAUCAACACUCGGCUGCAGGAGCUGGUGAGGCUCUUCAAAGAGAGGACAGAGAAGGUGAAGGAGAAGCUGAUUGACCCCGAUGUCACCUCGGACGAGGAGAGCCCUGUGGCAUCUCCCACCAAGCCAGUGCCUGCAGCAGCACCGGUGCCUGCCCCAGGAGGAGAGCUGGAGGGGGACAAACCCUCGAGGGAUGACCACUACUGUGAGAUGCUGUGCUGCACAUUCAAGCACCGGCCCUGGCUGGACCGCCUGAAGAGCUACCAGUUCCCCAGCAGCAUCGACCCCCUGACCAAUCUGAUGUACGUGCUGUGGCUGUUCUUCGUUGUCAUGGCCUGGAACUGGAACUGCUGGUUGAUCCCCGUCCGCUGGGCUUUCCCCUACCAGACUCCAGCAAACAUCCACUACUGGCUGCUGGUGGACUACCUCUGUGACCUCAUUUAUCUGCUGGACAUCCUCAUCUUUCAGACCCGGCUGCAGUUCGUGCAGGGGGGAGACAUCAUCACUGACAAAAAGGCCAUGAAAGAGAACUACCUGCGAUCACAACGCUUCAAGAUGGACGUGCUGUGCCUCCUGCCCCUGGAUUUCCUCUACUUCAAAGUGGGUGUCAAUCCCCUGCUGCGCUUCCCUCGCUGUCUGAAGUACAUGGCCUUCUUUGAGUUCAACAACCGCCUGGAGGCCAUCCUGACCAAGGCUUACAUCUACAGGGUGAUUCGGACCACUGCCUACUUACUGUACAGCCUGCACGUGAACUCCUGCCUCUACUACUGGGCCUCAGCCUAUGAAGGACUGGGCUCCACCACCUGGGUCUAUGAUGGGGAAGGAAACAGCUACAUCCGCUGUUACUACUGGGCAGUGAAAACCCUCAUCACCAUCGGGGGCCUGCCAGACCCCAAGACGCUGUUUGAGAUCGUCUUCCAGCUGCUGAACUACUUCACAGGAGUCUUUGCUUUCUCAGUCAUGAUAGGGCAGAUGAGAGACGUGGUUGGUGCUGCUACUGCAGGGCAAACUUACUAUAGGAGCUGCAUGGACAGCACCAUUAAAUACAUGAACUUCUACAAGAUCCCCAGAACUGUUCAGAACCGGGUGAAGACGUGGUACGAGUACACGUGGCACUCCCAAGGCAUGCUAGAUGAGUCAGAGCUGCUGGUGCAGCUGCCAGACAAGAUGAGGCUGGACAUCGCCAUCGACGUGAACUACAACAUCGUGAGCAAAGUGGCCCUUUUCCAGGGCUGUGACAGACAGAUGAUCUUUGACAUGCUGAAGCGGCUCAGAUCAGUGGUCUACCUGCCCAAUGACUACGUGUGCAAGAAGGGAGAAAUAGGCCGUGAGAUGUACAUCAUCCAGGCGGGACAAGUGCAGGUGCUGGGGGGACCCGACGGCAAAUCCGUGCUGGUGACUCUGAAAGCUGGAUCUGUCUUUGGGGAAAUCAGCUUGCUGGCAGCAGGAGGGGGAAAUCGCCGGACAGCAAACGUCGUGGCCCACGGCUUCGCCAACCUUUUUAUUUUGGAGAAGAAGGACUUGAAGGAGAUUUUGGUGCAUUACCCGGAGUCUCAGAAGCUGCUGCGCAAGAAAGCCAAGAAAAUGCUGAAAAGCAACAAGAAGCCCAAAGAUGAGAAGGGAGGCCCCGGAGCUGCGCUGAUCAUCCCCCCGAAAGCUGAGACCCCAAAGCUGUUCCAGGCUGCCCUGGCAGCCACGGGGAGGAUGGGGGGCAAAGGGCCCCUGCGGCGGCUCCGCUGGAGGCUGCAGGAGCUGAAGGCGAUGCAGGAGACACAGGUUUCCAGUGUCAGCCCAACCCCACCAAAAUCACCAGUGCACCAGAGAUCACCUGUCAUGUCCCACAAAGCACAAACCCGCCCAGGAGAAGAAAUAUCCUCAGAAUCUUCUGAUCAUUCAGUCACCAUUCGUGUGAUUUCCACAGCAAAAGAAGAAGAGGAAAUCCUUGCUGCUGAGAUUUCAGAGAAAGAUGAAAAAAAAGAAGAGAAAUGAAACAGCAGCAGGUCCCAGGGCAGGCGUAGGAGUCAGGCAAAUGCCUGGGCUAGCAGAUUUUUGUUGUUAAUGAUUUGCAUGCAGUGGCUGUAGGUUUUGCUAUGUGCUGUGGGUAGGAUCUGCCUCUCUCUUCUGCCCAAACCCUCAAUCACUGCUGAGAAAAGCCUCUGCCAUCUGACCCAGAAUCAUACAAGGUUUCUAUGCUCUGCAGAUCUAUUGAGCACCUUUAUGAAUUUCCCACUAAAUCUCAGGUCAGCCCCUUUGCUUUGAAAUCCAGCCUUGUGGAGGGAGAGCUAUGGAAAAACUGCUUUUUAUGGCUCUGGAUGGUUAAUGAGUGCUCAGACAAAGCAUGAAGAGUUAUUCACCUCUGACAGCUGAGUCACUGCUUGGCUAGAAACAACCAAGGGAAAAAAAACAACAAGGUUUCUCUGUUGGGCUCAAGGUUGACAGCAGCAGUGGGGAGUGAUUCAUCUGAAAAGGAUGUGGGCUAUGCUCACAGGCCAAGCAUGGAGCAAAUUAAACUGUCCUGAGAAUGCCAAGCUCUGUCCCCAAGUGCCCAGACUGCAAGAUGCUUGAGGGUCCCUGCGUGGUGCCAAGACAACCUUGGCUCUGCCACUGGGAAGAAUUCCUGCCAGCUGUCCACCCUGGGAAGGUGGUGGACUCUCCAUUACUGGGGGUUCUUAUUGAGAGGUUUGAUGAGCAUCUUUCAAGGAUAGACAAGCACAAUCCUGGAUGAGAUGUUCCUGGAGGUCUUUUCCAGCCUUGGGAUUUUUCUGUGCUGCCACAGCAGGGAGGGAUAGAGCAGGAAGGGAGAAGCUGAGUUGGUUCCCAGCUGGGAGGGGAAUGAGAAGUGCAGUGAGUGCUCUCCUCUCCCAGACAGUGUUUCAGAGUCAGCUCAGAGCCUGUAACGUGCCAACAAGCAUGCACGAGCAUGCAGGUGCUCCCCUGCACUCAUUGCUGGAUGUCCACAUUUCCAGCAGGCAAUUUCCAGCCUUUCAGUCACUUCAGACUGGCUCUUGGCCACAUUUCCCAUGGAGAGAGAAGCCACUCUGGUGCUGCUCAUCACUGGAGUCAUGAAGUCACUCUCCCAGCCGUGCUGGGACCGGGUGCUGGAGGGGAAGGGAAACAUCUGGUCAGCAGCCAGCACCCAGCUGCUGGCUCAAGGUGUCCCAUCUUCUUCCAGCACACCACGUCCUUCCUCAUCUUCCUCAAAGCCAGCACCGAGCAGAGCAAGCUGCUGGCGAGCUGAGAGGUGGUGAGCAGCGCAUGAGGCAGCGCUGGAUGAGGUUCUGCAGCUCCUCCCCAAGUUUUGGGCUGUCCCUGUCCCCACAGCACCACUGGCUCCAUCGAGAGGAGCCACUCUCCAUCCUCUGGAGGAAAAGGGCAGGUUUUGCUGCAGGGCCCUUUCACCAUGGCCAAGGGGCUUCUCAGGUGCUCAGCAAAUGCUGUGAGCAGUGCUGCAGGUUCCACAGGUCUGGCUGUGACACAGCCAGCUCUUGGUGAAGGGUGGCAGCGCUGGCGUCACCCCCUGGGUGAUCCCUCUUCCCAUCAGCAGCCUGGGGCUGACCUUCACCUCCUUUGGGAUCUUCUUUUCUUGCUUUCUUGCCCCCUUCUCUUGCAAAAUGUAUGGGUUUCUGGGGGGAGGGGAAGGAAAAGAAAAAAAAAGCCAAAAUAGAUGUUAGAAUUAGUUAACUAUGUCUUGUCUUCUUUUAAAUAAAUUUAAUGAGCUCCACUAUACUGCAGGAGGGUCUGAAACCAUCAUAUUGCAGGAGAGAGCCUGCACUCACCCAAACCUCCCUGAAUAUUUCUCAUCCUCAGUCAUUUGCAGGUGGUUUCCUGCCAGGUAGAAGAUUUUGGUGGGGAGUGCAAAGUAGAGGGUUUUUUGCAUUCUUUAAAUAUUUAUAUAAUCAAACCAGGAAACAUGCAAACAUCAAAUUGAGGCUUUGAUUUGCUGCUAUGAUUUAAUAUUCUUUAGAAAAAGCAUUUAAAUAAAUAGUGGGCUAUAAUUGCUCUCAUAAUUCACUGUAUCUACAAUAAACACCAUGUAGAUUGCUAUUCA